UUGCAUUCAGCAAACUCCUCCCUCUCUAACUGUCACAUUUGACACUGUCAGGGAAGAGGACUGACUGUCCCCCUCGAUCCUUACUGAGAAGCAGGAAAUCUUUUGUUUAUCAUUUCAGUGAAACCUGACAUUCCCCUCCCUGGGCUCCAGUACAAAUAGGUGAGCGGAGCUGUGGGCUGCAGCAGAAACACAACCAGCCAGAUCCUGCCAAACUGCUUCAAUGAAAGGCCCUCACAUGUUCGUAAUCCAGUCUCUUACUCAAAUCAGGAUGCACCAGCCUUUAAAGGAGGACCUCGUCUACGGAACCAAAGGUCUCGAAAAUUCCAACCAUGAACCGAGGGCGGAGAAAUUGCCCAUGAGGCUUUGCAACGAAGCAUGCCAUGCCUUGGAUAUCCUGCAGAGUUUAAACGUUUAUAGAAAAACAGGGGUGUUUACAGACGUCGUCCUUGUUGUUGAAGGCAAGGAUUACCCCUGCCAUAAAGCAAUCCUGUCUGCCUGCAGUUCUUAUUUCAGAGCCAUGUUUGGCGGCCACCUCAAAGAGAGUCAACUUGACGUUGUGGAGAUCCAGAAGGUACCCUCAACCGUCAUGGACCUUCUUUUGGAAUACAUGUAUGGAGGCAGCCUACAGAUUGAAGAAGAGAACGUGGUAGGGAUUCUGGAAGCCUCGGACUUGCUCCACAUGAACACAUUACGAGAUGCCUGUGUGACAUUUCUAGAGAACCAACUUCAUCCUUGCAACUGCGUGGGCAUCAGGAAGUUUGCAGAUUCCUUUGCCAUUUCCGCUUUGUCUGAAAAGAGCAAGAAGCUCAUGCUGGAAGGCUUUGCAGAGGUGUCUUGCCACGAGGAGUUCUUGGACUUAAGCAAAGAGGAGCUCGUUGAGUAUCUGUCCAAUGAACAUCUAGUGGUAAGAAAGGAAGAAGAGGUCUUCGAAGCCGUCAUGAAAUGGGUAAAUAGAAGCAGCCUAGUCAGAUCGAAACACUUAAAGGAUCUUUUGGAACUUGUGAAACUGCCGUUGCUGGACCCGGCUUAUUUUCUGGAGAAGGUAGAGAUGGACAAGACCAUUCAAGGCUGCUCUGAAUGUUUUCCUUUGCUGCAUGAGGCUCGCGUGUACUACAUCCUCGGGAAUCAAGUCAACCCUCUCAGAGUCAAACCAAGAAGGUUCACUGACUUAUCAGAAGUGAUAGUUAUAAUCGGCGGCUGUGAUAAAAAGGGCCUAUUGAAGUUACCCUUUACUGAUAGCUAUCACCCAAAGGGUGGUCGUUGGACGGCUCUAGCCAGUACUCCGGGAUAUGCAAAGUCAGAGUUUGCUGCCUGUAUGUUAAAGAAUAACGUUUAUAUUUCAGGAGGUGAGAUCAAUAGUAGCGACGUGUGGAUGCUCAACACACAACUAAAUAGCUGGGUCCGAAUCGCUUCACUGAAUAAGGGCCGAUGGAGACAUAAAAUGGUCACUCUGAAAGGAGAGAUUUAUGCCUUGGGUGGCUUUGACGGCAUGCAGAGGUUGUCCUCAGUAGAACGCUACAACACCUUCUCAAACACUUGGACGGUUGUGCCGCCUUUGUUAGAAGCCGUCAGCUCUGCUGCUGUUGUAACCUGCAUGAACAAGAUCUAUGUGAUUGGUGGAGCGAUUGAGUCCAUCACGAACACUAACAAGGUUCAGUGCUUUGACCCAGAAGAAAAUAAAUGGACUUUGAUGGAGGUAUCCCCUUUUUGCCAGAGGUGCAUCAAUGCUGUUGAGUUGGAAGGAACCAUCUAUGUGAUUGGGGGUCUUCUGAGUAGCAUUUUCAGCUUUGACCCAGCAAAGGACCAUUGGAGUGAAGUUGCCAGUCUGCCAGCCCCACUGGAAAGCUGUGGGCUGACGGUGUGCGGGGGCAAGAUCUAUAUCCUGGGCGGAAGGGACGAGAACGGAGAAGGAACCGACAAGGUUUUUACAUUUGACCCCAAGACGGGCGCGGUGGAGAUGGAGUCUCCGAUGCAGCGUUGCACCAGUUACCAUGGAUGUGUGACCAUAUUGCAGAGGUCAUAAUAGGAGCAAAGGAACCCAAACGGUCCCAGAGACUUAUGAACUGAUUGCUGCACUGAGCCGACACACAACUCCUAUUUAUUUACCUUUUGUAUCUUCUCGGUAGUGUCAUUGACCACUUUUGUGUGUUUUUUAACUGAUGUAAGUGAUUCUUCCUUGUGUAAAUACAAUUCUUACAAAAUGUGAGCUGCACUUAACUUCCCUAAAUGUGCCCCUUGCAUUCUGGAUAGCUGCGCCCCUAAAUCUCUCGUUUGGUUUAUCCCUCCUUUCCAAUGCACCCAUAGCAGUCAUCUUGCUGUUAUAUUAAAUACAGAAACACAAUAAUUAUGCACAUUAUGGCUUCCCAAUAUAACACAAGAAGGAAGGACACGCUGCCUGGACACUGUCUUUAAAGUUUCCAGCACCAGUUGCAGGAAUAAAGAACAUGGAGCCAUAUUGAUUCAGGACCGGUGGGAUUCUUAUUGGAGGAAUCUCAUGUAUGGAGAGAAGUUGGAGAGAAGUUCUAUUCAUCAAUGUUACUUUAAAGGGAUAAAGCUUUUAGUAUAUUGUAGAAUGGCUAAUUGGAUAACCUUUCAAUUGGCCUUCAUUU